AUGGCAUGUGACCUUCCUCAACAUUAUCUCCAUAGAGAUGAAGAGACUGGGAACCAGGAGGGGAGCUCUUGUGUUGCGCAGAAGGUACCAGAACCUCCACAGAUUAAGGAGGAACGAGAAGAACUCUCCAUCAGUCAGAAUGAAGAGCAGCCUGAUUUAAAGCGGGAGACUGAGACCUCCGACAUUCCUACUUAUAAGGAAAAUGAACGCAGUGAAGCAGAUCUAAACAAUCAGCACAGCUGUAAUGAUCAGAGUAGGAACAGAGAUCAUGUCCAAAGCGUGGACCGCUCUGAUCUGUCAGAAAGUCAGCAGGACUCUGAUGUUGGGAUCAAAUCCAGAACACCUGCUCAAGUUGAUGAAUUAAAACAAACCCAAAUAAAGCCAAGUCUUCCCUGUAAACAGUCCGGGGAGAGUUCCACAGUUUCUAAGAGUCUUUCUGUCCCACAGACGCUUAGCAAAGGGAAGCCCUUUUCAUGUAAAGAAUGCAAUGAAAGCUUUGAAAAUAAAUUCAAUUUCAUAAUUCACUUAAAGACUCACAACGGCGAGAAAUAUUCCUGUAAGGAGUGCAAAAAAAAUUACAGAGACAGCUCCUCUCUCAGAACCCACAUGAGGAUACACACCGGAGAGAAGCCUUUUACCUGUAAACAUUGCGGCAAAAGCUUUGGAAAUAAUGGGAAUCUGAAAAUCCACAUAAGAACCCACACAGGAGAAAAGCCCUUUUCGUGCGAUUUAUGCGGUAAAUGUUUUCGCCACAGGUCUCACCUUAGCAUCCACACGAGGACUCACACAGGAGAGAAGCCCUUCCCUUGUAGAGUAUGCAAUAAAAGUUUUCGUCAAAGUUCCAAUCUCAGGAUCCACAUGUGGACUCACUCAGAUCAUAAACCUUUUCCUUGCAACCAGUGUGAAAGAAGCUAUUACCAAAAAUCUCAUCUCAGAGAUCACAUGAGAACUCACAACGUAGAAUGUGUGCUGUAGAAUAUGACAGCUGGAGAUACAACAAAUUGACUCUGACUGAGGACGAUGAUUGGCUGUGGGAGGAAUACUUCAAAGAUCACCACAACCCUACUGAAAUGCCUCCUGCUGAGGAAGAAAAGGCUAAUCCUGGGCUCCCAUGGCUAUUGUUAACUGCUCCGGUGCAAAUCUGGAGCGGUCUAGGUACGACAGAUAGCUCCUAAUGGUUACGGGAUGGCUGCAGCCACAGGCUCUGCUGCAGACUUACUGAAACUCUGAACUCAUGUAGGUUCACACAAUAACCCGCCAUUUAUAUAGGAAGUACAAUCAUCCCCCAUCCUUAUUUUCUGCAGUUCAGCUGCAUCGUCCGGCAAAAAUUUGAACCCAUCGAAACAGAUUUGAACUUGCAAUUUUAAAGUUACGUAAACACUGCGACGCUCGCAUUGAAGCCCUAACGCUAGCCGUGGGAGCCCGCAGUCUGAACUCUAGAAUGGGACUCUAGAAGCUGAGGUAGUAGUAGUAGCUAAAGGGACUUGGACUGCCGUCCUGAAUGAGUGAAAGACGCUUGGUCCUCCACUUAGUCAGUUUGUAACCAUUCAAAUUGAGUCAUACGAGGGUCAGCUCGAGGAGAUUGUAUCGUCCCUCUGCGGAAAGUGUCUUUGGUCAAAAAACAUUCUCAGUUACAGCGGCACAGGAAUGGAACUCUGGAAGAACUGGCUGGUGACACAUCAGACAUGUUAGCAUAUAUAAUUCUUUUAAUACCCAGAAUUUACUCUGGUAUUUUAUAUGCCUGCAUGUGCCUUGUUUUCUUUAAUGUUUUGUUUAAUGUUUUCAAAUGGAUUCAAUGUACAUUUUUGCAAGUCAUUGACUACUCUACAGCCCAUUUUACAUUUCCAUUGUUAUGAUUUAUUUUAUUGCGUCUGCACCUUUUUUUUAUUUUUUUACAUUUAUUUGACUGUGUCUGCUCAUUUAACUUUUUAAAAAAGUUAUGUUUUUACUGUUCUUUCUUCUUUCUCUCCUUAUGCUUGUAUUACAUUUUGGUUUUUAUAGGGAGACAUUUUUACCAUCAGUCCAGGGACGGCGGAUGAAAAAUAACUCAAGCUAACUGGUUUAUUGCAGGAAUCCUUUUAAAUGUGCAAUGACCGUGUCAAACAAAGGAAUAAAUGCAUGUUUAGAAAAUAUAUUUUAAUGAACAAAAAAAAAAGACCUGCUGCUCAUUUUAUUGUUACUACUUUACUUUUGUACACAUUUAUAUCCAAUCUUUUAUUGAUGAGUAUUUGUCUUCUUGUUUUGUCUUUUAAUAAAAAAUGAUUUCAUUCAACCAAAAAA